UAGAGAUAGAAAGAGGAAAACAGGUUUUGUAGCGAGGGGACACAUCUCUGUGGCAGAUACAAGUCAGUGCUCCUCCUCGGCUAUAUAGGCAGGGAAACGCCACAAUAACCAACCAAAGGGUGCCAGAGGGUAGAGAGGAGCGCACAAGGCAAUCCACAUCCAUCUGCCAGCCACUUAGUACGCGCUAACAUUUCCAGUCCGGAUUUCAGCACAGCUGUCCAGCCAAUACUACUACCAGGAAAAUGUCUGCCCCAGCUGGAGCCCCUGCACCAGAGGGAGGGAAUCAACCUCCCAACCUCACCAGCAACCGUCGUCUGCAGCAGACACAGGCACAGGUCGAUGAGGUGGUGGAUAUCAUGCGUGUAAACGUGGAUAAGGUUCUGGAGCGUGAUCAGAAGCUGUCAGAACUGGACGAUAGGGCUGACGCCCUGCAGGCUGGAGCCUCUCAGUUUGAGACCAGCGCUGCAAAACUGAAGAAUAAAUACUGGUGGAAGAAUGCCAAGAUGAUGAUUAUCCUGGGUGUGAUAUGCGUGAUUGUCCUCAUCGUCAUUAUUGUGUACUUCAGCACCUAAGAAGAGUCGCUCCUACCCCAGUCUAAUUCUUCCUUGCUACAGAAAGAAAACCCUCAAAUUGAUUACAAAAUUAACCAUGUUAAUAAUUUAUUAUAUAUCUCCCAAUUAGCCUCGAUAUAAAACCCCUAAACCUUCAGGGCCCCAUGGCUCCCCCACUUCCACCACCUCGCCUCUGGACCCCUGUCUAUAUUUGUCCUGUGAGUGUGUGGCCCUGUCUCCUUUCUGGGUCCUCUUGGCUUUUCUAACCUGCCAUACUGAGAACCAAACACUUGUGACGAUGCAACAACAGAAAAGGAAACAACGAUUGGCGAUAAUUGUUACAUAACUGAUAUAUAUAGUUCUUUGUAGAGUUUUAUUCUGAUAUAUACUGUUUUGUAGGUGUGUGUGCGUGUGUGUGUGCAUUUUGUAUUUUUUAAUUUUUGUAUUAAUUUUACGUAUGCUUCAGCGUUAACUACUGCCUAUUAAUCAAAGUGUGUAUCUUUGCAUGUAUCAUCAUCCGUCUGACCCCUGCUUACUCUCUCUUUUAGGUGUACUUUUGCACAGUGCACAGUCUCCAUUUGACUAUGGAAAUACCAUUUCAUUUUCACGUUCAUCUCAUGCCCACUGAGAAAGUUCAAAAUAAGCCAGAGAACUAAAACUUGUGCUAGAAAAAAUAUCAAGUUACAAAGAUUUGAGCAAUUACACAGACAAAACUGCCCUAGAGAAUUCCCCAGGUUAUUCUUACUUGAGCUCCAGAUUUCUAUAACUUGAUGCCAAGUUUUUAGCUUCUUUGCUGGUUUUCUAAGAGAGUAAAUGCUCACCGAGAUUGAUCAAGCAUACAGAUAAUGCAUGAAUUGUUAAACUAAUCCAGAGGAAUCAUCAUGUCCCAGUCCUUUCCAUCUGAUCCUCCCAGUAUCUGUGUCAUUUCUCUUUCUCCAUUUCACUCCUGGAAUCAUCACUAACCCUCUUCUGUGCGUCAGCAUGCUUGAACACCUCAAUUUCUUGAUAAUUUCUAAACUGCCAUAGUACAGUUGGACCAAUGUCUGUAGAUGUUUCUUUUUUAUUUAAAUAUUACGUAGUGUCUUAUUUCGAAAACAUUCCUUCAUUGCAGUCUAGUGCAAAUGGUCUUACCGUAGCACAUGUAAGUGUAAGUAUCUUUAAAAAAAAAAAAUACACGCGAUGAAACUUGUGUCGAAAACGUGG